CCUCUACGAUGCUUCCUCUACUGCGAUUGCAGCGAGCGCGAAGAAUGGCUUCUACGAAGAUCGAUGGAGGAGCGGCGGCAGUGGGUAAGCCGGUGAUUGUGGUGGCGGUCGACGACAGCGAGUACAGCUUCCACGCGCUCCGGUGGACGCUCCUACGUUUCUUCUCCUCGGCUGCCGCUGGCUCCACCUUGCCCUUCAAGCUAGUGGUCGUCCACGCCAGGCCCGCGCCGACCUCCAUCUUCAGCCUCUCUGCAACAGGAGCGCCGGACAUGCUGUCAGUCGUGAAGGCCGAUCUGACCAAGAUCUCGUUGCAGGUGAUCGCUAAAGCCAAGGAGAUGUGCCUUGCCCAUUCGGUCCGGGAUGUUGAGUGUGAAGUGCUCGAGGGAGAUGCCAGAAUCGUUCUAUGCCAAGCAGUGGAGAAGCAUCAUGCAGAAAUAUUGGUUAUGGGAAGCCAUGGAUAUGGAGCAAUCAAAAGGGCUGUUCUAGGUAGCGUCAGCGAUUACUGUGCUCACCAUGCGGAUUGCAACGUGAUGAUAGUGAAAAUGGCCAAGCAAGAUUGUUCGCCCAUGGGCAAACAAUUUGGGAUGUCAACUUUGCCGUACGUAUUUUCUCCUCCUCAACCAUUGGCCAUGCCUUUGAAUGAAUCAAGAAGGGCUAGUGUCGAUGCAUCUAUAUGCGACAAAGAACCCGUAACGCCAUCAUCUAUUCUAGCAACUCAGUGGCCAUCACACUCAUCACACAUAGAGCAUGAAUACGAACCAGUGAGAGAUGACUCAAAACGAACAGUUUGGUCUCCCGAUGAAGAUGUGAUCCUUGCAAAGUCAUGGGCCACUAUCAGCACUGAUGCAGUCAUUGAUAAUGACCAGAAGGAUCAAGCUUUUUGGAAACGUAUCACUAAUUACUACAACAAACAUCGGCCUGCUGGAACUGUGCCGAGAAUUUGGAAACGACUAAAAUCACAUUACUAUAAGUUCAUGCCGAUGGUGAAUGAAUUUUCUGUAAUCUACAAUAAUUUUUCUACUGAUCGUCAAAGCAGUUGGAGUAGCGAGAAUGUGUUAGAGAACGCAUUGAAUAUGUGGAAAGCCAAAAAUAAUAACAAGGACUUCAAGUAUAUGCAUGUGUGGCGAGUUCUUAGAGAGUAUGAGAAAUAUGCUCCACAACCAGUUAGUCAUCAUUCUAGCAAGAAGGCAAGGACAUCCGAAUCAACGGGGCACACUUCCACAUCAAAUCUGGAUAUGUGUGUUGAUGUGGACGACUGUGAAGUCUGCAUUCGUCCAAUAGAGCAAAAGGCGGCAAAGAAGAAGGGCAAAUCCAAAGUAAGAGAGAGCGACAAAAUGGAACAAAGCAUCAACACAAAUUGGCAAGAUAUUAAAGGAUAUCAAAUGCAAAAAUUAGUUUUGCAGGAAGCCGAGGUCCUUCAUAAGGAUUAUGAAAUUCUUAUGAAGGAUACUAGUGAGAUGACACCAGGACAACUACGUUUACAUGAGAAAAUAGUUGAAAAAAUUAAUCAGAGAUAUGACUUGGCUCGAUGUAGAUGUGUUUAAAUUGAUCUUUAUUAUUGUUAUAAUUUCUGUCUUUUAUUUGAUGUACUCCAACAUUUAUGUAAUAUACUUUUUAAUUAUUAAUGUCACACUAGCAAUUAUAUGGAUUUAAUAAAUUAACCGUUAAAAAGUAUCCGUUACAAUAUAGUUAUUACAAACUAGCUGGUUACAAGUAAGGAAACUAGAAUCCUCUAUUCUACAAACAUUGUUUUCUUAACUACAAAUAUCUUAAUUUAUUCCAAAUGUCUGAAAAUCUGGAUCUAAAAGAACUAUUAUUUAUUAAUUCUGGAGAAAUGAAUUGGUAAAAGAUGCAGAGGAUAUAGAUAAACAAAUAAUGCUCCACAACGACAAAUGCUAUGUCAAAGAGCACAAAGUUUUUCCGGCAGAAAAUAGAGAAGGUAUUUGAGCCGGGAUCAUGAAGUCAAACACAUGUAUUUUCAAUGAUUACUUAUCUGAUGAGCCGGUAUAUCCUGAUGACAUACUCUGACAUUGAUUCCGGAUGCAAAGAGGGUUAUUCCUUCGCAUAGUUGAUGCCUUGAACAAACAAAUAAUCCAGCUUCACUCCCCUGGUUAUUUACUAUAACAGUGUUCUUCCUUCUGGUUGUUGCAUACUAUGCCUUUGUCACCUCUUUUCUGGGCAAAGAUAUCCCUUGAAUAUGCCUUUGUUGCCAUUUACACUCCCCUGGUAUGUAGACUCUUCCAAUAAUGCAACUAUGAAAUAGAAAUGUGUCCGUUAUCCUUGUGUGAAAAAUUUCACUUUUGGGAUUUUUCUUCCAUAUCUUAUUGCUUUUUUCAGGCUUUAGCUGUUUUUAUUUUGUAUGUGCGAUGCACGCUAAUUAAGCAAGAUGUAGGUGUGCGUUCAAACGUGAAAUACUGCAAUUUGGAAUCGAUUUUAUGGAACUUUUUCAUAACAUGGGUUAUAUCUUUGGGAGGCGAGUUCUGACCUCUUCUUCAGGAGAUCCCAAAGCAAAUUCUACAAUAGGGACAUGAAGGACUUCUGGUUACUGCAGUUCUGGUAGGCUUGUAUGUGCAUUAUUUGCUAAAGAAAAUUGUCACAGGCAUGAAGGAAUUGAACCUGGUGGAGAAGAUGCUUUGUUCUGCACCUUGUGCGACACUGAGCUAAAAUAUAUGGAAAAACAAUGAGGAGAUUUUUGACACUUCAAGAUUCUCUUGUUAUCUAUUCAAGCUUCAAACUUCAAGAUCGGUUUUAUUCCUUCUAUGGAUAAUGCAAGCCUGUUCCUUAGAUGUCAAUGUAUAUGUAAAUUUAGUAAACAUUGCACAAGCUGUGACAAAUGUGUUGAUGGGUUUGAUCACCAUUGCCAGCUUGCAAUUGAAUGUGGACUAGGUAUCACUGUACUUGUCUUUGCUUUGUCGAUAAGAAGGGGAUGGAAACCAUUAUCAAGGAAAAGAUUGGAAAUGGGUUCUCGCGUGCUCCUUUUGCGGUUGUUGUGGCCAUUUGUACUGCAGUUUCGUUACUGACAUAACCUACGGAAUAUGUCGUUGCAACGAGAGCAAUGAGCGAGGCACCAGGAGAGUAAGAGGAACAAAACCAUGUUUACUCCCCUACUAAUUCAGCAACAACUGGAUUAAGCAUCGGAAGUUCUCUUAACCUUCAACCUUCAAUACAAAGGCAUAUGGUGCGCACGUCGGGUAUUUGUUGAUCCACAGUUUUUUUCUUUUUAAACAGGUUGAGGUUAUCUUUCAUUUGGAAUCUGGCAUGGUGCCCUCCACUAUUGAUCCUGAUGCAGCUGAGUAUGUAGAAAGAGCUAACAAGUCGAAGAAAAAUGUUAAGAUUAGUGCUUGGAAGCUCACAAAAUUGGACUCUAAUGAAGCAAUGAGAGCUGCAGCGAAAGCCAGGGCAUCGUCCUCAGUCCUGCAGACAACAGAAGCUCAUCACAUGCGCGAUGCUGAAUAUAGUUUGAGCGGAAAGGCAAGUGUGUGGAGCAGCGUGAGUGUUGACUUCAGUGUGACCAGAGAAUCCAGGAGCGAGGCGAAAAUAUCCCCUCUAAGAAACUCUAGCAAUGCAACGUGUGGCCAGCAGGGAGGAUUUCGAGACCAGUACACAAAGUGGCAGCAGCCUAAGCAGUCCUAUUCGUGUUUACGAGUCCGCUGCUCCUGACUGACAUACAGAAUUUUCGACCACCACUUCCCGACUGACCAUCUCAGAUUGCUCGAAGGGUUCCUCCAUCUACCCAACUUACGAUUACAAUGUUCCAAUCUGCUCCUUUGGUUGCUAGGGAUCACAAGAGAACAUGUGUAGCUUGGGAUCAAGAAGCCGGCAGGUUUGUCUCUGCCCGCAUCAGCAGGAAGCUUGGGUGUCGACGUCCAUGCUAGAACCUCUAGGAUUCCCAUGGCAAAUUGUUCUGCAGAAACUAGUGCUUUCGACAGUAGGCCUGCUCAACAAAUUUCUUCAUCGACGUUGCCUCCAUCGCAGCAAGAGAGAUUGAAUUGCUCCGAACGAUCUAUCUUUUUCGGCGGACCUCUUAUAAAUGUUUCUGGUAGAGAUAUUGUGAGGAAUGAAAAUAGUUCAGACACUACGAGGUAACAAAAUGCAAGUAAUUGAAGUAAGAGGGCACUAACAGAAGAACUCUAGAUCUAACAUCAAGCGUUCAGCUUUCAGUCUACUACAUCAAUUCAUUUCUAUUCUGAAACAGUUGGGUUAUCGGAGAUCUUCAAUCUGAUGUGCACCACCACUUCCAUUCCAAAAGAAUGUUUAACUUGGCAUCUGAACAGUGUUCUCUUUACUCAAUUCAACUCAUAUCAAUAUCAACUGAUCUAUAGACUUCAUGGAA